AGGCGCGCCCGAGGAAAUCCCUUCUCGGCGGACAUACUGGCAGCGCCUUUGCCAAACAAUUACAAGGAUACCAACCUGGUGUUCGAUGGAACCUCUGAUCCGUCGAGACACGUAAGGACGUUUGAGAAUAUGGCUGUAUUGCAUGGAUAUACUGAUCCCGUUAGUUGCAGGGCUUUCUUAUCGACCCUUAGGGGAGGGGCGCUCGACUGGUUCCAACAGCUCCCCCCAGGCUCGAUAGUGGACUUUGGAGAUUUUGCAGAAAAGUUGACAAAUCAAUAUUCGAGCGCGGUGGCUCAGGAGAAGACGUAUUUGACAUUGAUGGCGAUGAGACAGGGCGAGAAAGAGUCAUUGCGCAAGUACGUUGCUCGAUAUAAUCAGGCUUGUUUGGAGAUCCCGUCGGCGGUCGACGAGGUCAAGGCGGGAGGAUUGAUAAGGAGUUUGCGGGUGGGGCCGUGUAGAACUUCUUUGGCUAAGACCCCUGCUCACACGUAUGAUGAGGUACUGAGGAGGU